CUGAAAUUGAGAACUUCGAACUGUAGGAAAGACAGCUGAGAGAGAGAGAGAGAGAGAGAGAGAGAAAGACAGAGAGAGGAGUGGGAGGAAGUGAGAUCGGUCGGCCAAACAGAAACCCGUGCACGCACCAAGGAGGAAAAGCACAUGGUGUGAGAAUGCCUACCAGCUUCACGGUGGUUCCUGUGGAGGAUGGCAGGCAGGCUACUCAGGACAAUGACGACUAUAUUGUACUGGAUGAGGAGAAGGAUGCGGUGAACCUCUCCCCAACACCCCUGUCAGUGUCGUGGCAGCUGACCCCGGGAUCAGAGGCGGGAGAGGACGCCAAGCUGGGCCAAGACUGUGCAGAGCCAGGUGCCAUGGAUCAUGGGCAGGGCUCACGCCGACGGGCAGGAGAUGGCAUUCCAAAGGAAAGCAGUCCAUUCAUCAACAACACAGACAACGACACAGGAACCCUCUACGAUAGGAAGAACAUGGCUCUCUUUGAGGAGGAAAUGGACAGUAACCCCAUGGUCUCGUCACUGCUCAGCAAUCUGGCCAACUACACCAACCUCACCCAGGGGGUCAUCGAACACGAGGAGGAGGAUGACAAUGAGGGCCAGAAGAAGAAGACUGUCAAGAGCCCCCAGAUGGGCACCUUUAUGGGUGUGUACCUGCCCUGCCUGCAGAACAUCCUGGGCGUCAUCCUGUUCCUCCGCCUCACCUGGAUCGUGGGCACAGCGGGCAUCAUGGAAUCCUUAGCCAUCGUCUCCAUGUGCUGCACAUGUACACUCCUGACGGCCAUAUCAAUGAGUGCCAUCGCAACAAACGGCGUGGUUCCCGCUGGUGGUUCUUAUUACAUGAUCUCAAGGUCGCUGGGCCCCGAGUUCGGUGGAGCUGUGGGUCUAUGCUUCUAUCUGGGCACCACCUUCGCUGGCUCCAUGUAUAUCCUCGGCACCAUUGAAAUUCUCCUCACUUACAUCAUGCCCAGUGCGGCCAUCUUCAAAGCAGAGGAGAAGGAGCAGGAAGCUGAAGCCUUGCUCAACAACAUGCGUGUCUACGGCACCUGCUGCCUUGCCCUCAUGGCCCUCGUAGUCUUUGUGGGGGUCAAGUACGUCAACAAGCUGGCCCUGGUCUUCCUGGCCUGUGUGGUGCUCUCCAUUCUGGCCAUCUACGCCGGCGUCAUCAAGACCACCUUCGAUCCCCCUAACUUCCCGGUCUGCUUGCUGGGAAACCGCACUCUGAAAAACCACAACUUCGACAAAUGCCUUAAGACAGAGGAAGUAGGCAAUGGGACGAUGACUAUGACUACCAGGCUUUGGAAGCUCUUCUGUAACAGCUCGGAGCUCACCGCUGCCUGCGACAAAUACUUUGAACUGAACAAUGUGACCACGAUCCAGGGCAUUCCCGGACUUGUGAGUGGGGUCAUCUCAGAGAACAUGUGGGGUAGCUAUGGGCCCGCCGACGUACUGGUGGAGAAGAAGCACUUCCCGUCAGUCCCUGCUGCAGACUCCUCCAUGGACACCAACCUGCCAUACGUAUCCAAUGACAUCGCCACAUUCUUCACUCUCCUGGUGGGCAUCUACUUUCCUUCUGUCACAGGCAUUAUGGCCGGUUCAAACCGAUCUGGAGACCUGCGGGAUGCCCAGAGGUCCAUUCCCAUUGGAACGAUCCUGGCCAUAGUGACCACGUCUUUGAUCUAUAUCUCCUGCGUCGUGCUGUUCGGCGCCUGCAUCGAAGGUGUGGUUCUGAGAGACAAGUACGGAGACUCCGUGAAAGGGAACCUGGUGAUCGGCACUCUGUCCUGGCCCUCGCCCUGGGUCAUUGUCAUUGGCUCCUUCUUCUCCUGCUGCGGGGCCGGACUCCAGAGCCUCACAGGGGCCCCACGACUCCUGCAGGCCAUCGCCCGCGAUGGCAUCGUUCCCUUCCUGGAGGUUUUCGGUCACGGCAAAGCCAACGGGGAGCCGACGUGGGCCCUGCUGCUGACCGCGGCCAUCUGCGAGAGCGGCAUCCUCAUCGCCUCGCUGGAUGCCGUCGCCCCCAUCCUCUCCAUGUUCUUCUUAAUGUGCUACCUGUUUGUCAACUUGGCCUGUGCGGUUCAGACCCUGCUUCGUACCCCUAACUGGAGGCCCCGCUUCAAGUUCUACCACUGGGCUCUGUCCUUCCUGGGGAUGAGCCUGUGCCUUUCCCUGAUGUUCAUCUCCUCUUGGUUCUACGCUCUGGUGGCCAUGGUGAUUGCCGGGUGCAUCUACAAGUAUAUCGAGUACAGGGGGGCUGAGAAGGAGUGGGGCGACGGGAUCCGGGGCCUAUCCCUCAACGCCGCCCGCUACGCCCUGAUGCGUCUGGAGGAAGCACCACCGCACACCAAGAACUGGAGGCCCCAGCUGUUGGUGCUGCUAAACCUGGACUCAGAGCUGGCAGUCAAGCACCCACGCCUGCUCUCCCUCACCACCCAGCUGAAGGCCGGAAAGGGCCUCACCAUCGUGGGCUCCGUCCUGGAGGGCACGUACCUCACUAAGGGGCUGGAGGCCAAACGGGCCGAUCAGAACAUCAAGUCUACCAUGUCCACAGAGAGGACCAAGGGCUUCUGCCAUGUGGUGGUGUCAUCCAAUAUGCGUGACGGCUUCUCCCACCUAAUCCAGUCGGCCGGCCUCGGUGGCAUGAAGCACAACUCUGUGCUGAUGUCUUGGCCAGGGAGCUGGAAGCAGGGUGUGGACCAUGCCUGCCUAACCAACUUUGUCGAGACAGUGCGGGAGACCACAGCCGCGCACCAGGCUCUCCUGGUAGCCAAGAACGUGGACAACUUCCCCGCCAACCAGGACCGGCUAAAUGAGGGGACGGUGGACGUGUGGUGGAUCGUGCACGACGGUGGCAUGCUUAUGCUGCUACCCUUCCUGCUACGGCAGCACAAGGUCUGGAGGAAGUGCAAGAUGCGCAUCUUCACCGUGGCUCAGAUGAAUGACAACAGCAUCCAAAUGAAGAAGGAUCUGCAGAUGUUCCUGUACCACCUCCGGCUGGAUGCUGAGGUGGAGGUGGUGGAGAUGCACGAUAGUGACAUCUCAGCCUUCACCUACGAGAAGACUCUGAUGAUGGAGCAGCGUUCCCAGAUGCUAAAACAGAUACAUUUAUCUCGGACGGAGCAGGAGAGGGAGAUUCAGAGCAUCACCGAUGAGUCACGCAGCUCCAUCCGGAGGAAGACCCAAGGCAGAGAGCGGGCCUCGGGCCACGGUCAGCGGAUCAGCGCACGGGAGGACGAGGCUCAACUGAUCCACGACAGGAACACAGCGGCCCACGACUCGCCCAGCGUCAGGAGCGAUGCCACCCCGGACCGGGUGCACAUGACCUGGACCAAGGAGAAGAUGUUCAGCGAGAGGAAUCGAAACCGCGAGGCCAGUGUGGGCGUGAGGGACCUCUUCAGCAUGAAGCCAGAGUGGGGGAAUCUGAAUCAGUCCAACGUUCGCCGGAUGCACACUGCAGUCAAGCUGAACGAGGUGGUGUUGAACAAGUCCCAAGAGGCCCAUUUGGUGAUGCUCAACAUGCCGGGGCCUCCCAAGCACAGAGGUGGUGACGAGAACUACAUGGAGUUCCUGGAGGUACUGGUGGAGGGACUGAAUCGCGUGCUCCUCGUGCGUGGCGGAGGCCGUGAGGUCAUCACCAUUUACUCAUAACCGUGCUGCACAGUUCGGUACACCAGAGCCGCUGGGCAUUAUGGGAAGCCUGUAUCAAAGGGGAAGGGGCGGGGCCAGCAUCACAGAUGCGUUUCUGGACUGCAGGCUUAUGACCACCGGGGAUGCCAGCUGAGGACAGGGAGUAGCCUUUUCUACCAGCUGGGUAGCACACUUUCUUACCUAGCACAGACAUUAAUAUUUAUGAUUCCUUUGUAUUCACUUCAUUUUGUGUUUGUGUUUCUUUUUGAACACUCAGAAAAGAUGUUUGUCGUUAGGUUUAUAAAUUCAGCUGAGGACAACAGUGCAAAUAAGAAAGUAGUCAAGUGUUGUUGAUAUUUUUCUUACUUUAAGUCAAUGGAAAAUUGGUCAUAUGACGAAACAGAACAUUGACCUCUGACCUGGGAUGACCUCUCCACUGUAAGAAGUUUCAUAUGUCACUUGUUCCUUCUUUGUCCAAUAGUGGACUUGUGCUUGUAGGGUUUAGAUGUGCUUGUGCUUGUGUUUCUAUUUAAUGGUAUUUACCAGUACGUCUGAAGGGAAUUUUAGAAUGGCACGGUCCAGGCAUGGCUGUCAUGUGCUUAAAAUGUGCCCCACUUUCAGUUCAAUAGUGUUUUUAUUUUUUUAAAACAACAAAUGAGGUACAAACGCAUCAUUUAUUAGUCAUUCUGGUUUGAUACCCCAAAUCACAAUAUCUUCUCUAUAUCUGAUAAUUAGCAAGGAAAUAUCAAAGCUAGACACCAAGACGUGGGAUCACAUCCACAACAUCAACACACGUUGGUCUUAGCGUUGAGGGGCUCAGGUGCCUUCAGCCUGAUGGGAGGGUUGAACCUGGUGGAGUUGUGCAUGCAAUGCACACCAUGCACACCGGCCUCUCCUGUAACGUGUGUGUAGAUGUGGGUAAAGCCAUCUCACCGACAGUAAUCUUAGUAAUAGCCUGGGAGAAGCACCAGUCACCAGGAAAAAAGCCAUAGCUCACGUAGUAAUGCUGGACCUCAGGCAUCGUGUGUCGUCAAGACUCAUUAAUUAGGUCACUCGUGGAAAAAAAGCGUUACAGGGUUGAAAUUCUUGAAUCGUUACCUCAGUCUCCAGUGAAGUAUCAUUUCAACCUCAGAUGACGGCCGAAGAGGCCAAAUUUGAAGCCUGCCCUCCCUAUGGGGACAGAAAAGAAAGUGUAAUCUAUGCAUCUUUAUACAUUUAUGCGGUUGUGUCAUUUUAUUGUUUUAAUCUGCAUGUGUACAUGGAGUCCAGCGGGCGUGAUCCUGGAGUUUAAAGGUGAUUGUGUUGUGGCAAAGGAUUUGUUUUAGAGGCAAAAUCAUGGAUGUUCGUUUUGACACCCACACGUAUUUGUUGGCCACCAGCAGAGAGAGAUCAUCUCUGUUUCAGUUGAAGGGAUUUUUUCACAGCACAUUGGCUCUAAUAAAAGGCUGAAAGGCACUGACUAUUUUCAAGUCAAGCCCUGGGUCUUUGCAAGCUUGCAUAUAUCUUGCUUCAUGGGAAGGCGAUAACCCCUUGCAAGUUAAACUUUACUAGAUCAUGAAGUGCUACGUAGGCCGCACAUUUUGUUUAAGCAAAUGUGUCAAGUGACAGGGAGCUUAGCUAAUCAUACAGCUCUUCUAAAAUAAGAAUGAAGUAGGUUCUCCUCUGCUCAUUAUAGGGGACCACACCAACUUCAGGCUGAGUGGCCCGCAUAAAGUUGUGGUUGAAUUCAAUCCUGGGAGACAAAGAUUAAUUUGUCAAAUAUGGUGGAAACAGUUAGCUCAUUCAAAUGCUUAGCAUCUCAUUUGAAGUUGAGAUUUAUGGCCAUGGGAAAAAAGAUUGCAGGAAUGGUGGAACAGAACAGCUGCUGUCCACCUCAAAAUUACCCAAUUACACAAUGCCUCUGCACACCUGAGAAGCCAAGUUUCUCAGUAAAGGUAUUUCGGGGUGGAUUAGAGACACGCAGAGUGCAUGUAAACUAGCUGGUGACAACCAAAGAUUUUGACGGAUUAGCUGUCCUGGGGCAGUGGAAAUGUCUUUUCAACCAGCAAACACAAACUGUGAAGCAGUGCAUGUUUGUGUUACUAAUUUGUCAGCAGAGGGCUGAAUUUGACCCUUAUUUAGUCUCACCGCAGGACACCACAUCAAUGAGAAACUCUUCAUUUGUGGGUUUUUACAGCUGUAAAGAGGCAGUUUGUCUUGCCAAAACUGGCCCCUGAUCUUUAGAUUACAUGUGAAAUGUAAAAUUUUAGGUCUUUAGGCAUCUUUAUUGCGUAUGGAAAAAAGUGCCAAAAAGAUUUAGAAGAAACUGUGGAAGGACACGCCUUGUAUGAAUUCACCUUGAACAUUAAAAAACAAAACAAAAUCAAACUGACAAGCUGCUUACUUUCUGCUGUAUAAAGAUUGGGUUGGCAAGGUGCAUUCUGAGAAAUAUGGAGGUUCCGUUAAGAGGUUUGGUUUCCUUUCGUGACUGAACUUCCCAAUGGGGACGUGCCACCAUAUCAUGAGUUCUGGAGGUUUCUUUAAUGGAUAAUGAAGGGACUGUGUUUCUUGACCUCCUGUGAACUGUAGCCCUUCUUCUCAUUCAUGAAUGAGCUGAAGCCCCCUUUAACAAACAACCAAGUCAAUACAAGUUUUCAGCAAAAGGCUUUGGUCAUGAGGUCAUCACCAUUUACUCCAGCAUGGUUUGGUACCCCAAAACCGCAGUGCAUUUUGGGAAACCUGUAUCAAGAGGGAGGGGGUGGGGCCGGGUCUUCAGCGUCACAGAUGCGUUUCGGGACUGCAGGCUUAUGACCACCAGGGGGUGCCAGCUGAGGACAGGGAGUAGCCUUUUCUACUAGCUGAUUUAUAAGCACACUGUAUCUUCCUGCACAAAAAUCCAAAUUUAUGGUUCCUUUGUAUUCACUUCGUUUUGUGUUUGUUUUCCUUUUUGACUACUCAAAAAGAUGUGCAUUAGGUUUAUAAAUUCAGCUGAGGACAACACUGCAAAUAAUAAUGUAGUCUUGUGUUACUGUUAUUUUUCACCUGUUUAUUACAAGACAAAAAAAGUUUGCGGCAAAAGGCUCUGGUCUUACCUCCAGACAAGCGGACCGCUUUUGACAUGGGCUGCAGAUAGUACCCCGCAGUACUCAUUAGUUACCACCAGGUGGCAUCAGUAUUCCACUCCUGAGCCAGGCAUCUUGGCUCCUUGACAGUGAAUGUCAGGUUUGGUCGUUGCUCUUAAGCACAUUUUAUACGUGCGCUGUCUGACUAAGGGAAUUUCUCCCUGUGUAGUUCCACAGUUUCUUUGAGGAUUUCUUAGUUUUACGGUAUAUAUAUUUUUUUGUAACCAUAACAUUGUACUUUUUCUAAAGUAUGUUGUGAACAAGGUGUGGCUGUUAUUAGGGCAGGCCUGAUGUCCACCUAGAUGUUUUCUGACUACGUACGUUUAUUUCAAAAUAUGUGUUUUUCUCAUUUGUGGUCAUAGUGUGUGCAACUAUUUGUACACAACUUCCUGUUACUUGCCAUGUUUUUUUUUUGGGGGGGGGGGGGGUGUUGCGCAGUGGGGUAAUGUUUGAGAGCUCUGGGUAUCGUGGCAUUUACACAUGCUGUCCCUCCCUCGAGCACCGUGCGAGCAGGGCUUGCUGGUUCAUCUCACCCUAGGGAACAAGUUACAUGUGUCUUUUGAAGGAAAUUGAUCGAUAUAUACAGUACUGUGCAAAAAUCUUAGUCAGGCAAAGAAAAUGAUUUUUAGAUUAUCCUCGUGUUGAUAUUAUCAAAGUCUGUCAAAGUGUGUCAGCUUUCAGAACGUCUGCUAAAAUCAUCCUAGUAUUUGCAGCGACCGUCCAGUGCAGCCAUGCAUUUUUUGACUUGGCCACUAGCAGACCUCACACAGCUGGUCAAUCUGUCACUGACUUUUUAAACCAAUAUAUUUAAUUAUUUAAUUGAGCUGUCGGUGAAAUUUAACAAAAUCGUGGAACAGCUGAGGUGCCCCUGAGGAGAAGUUUGGGAACUGAAGCGCUGUUCAUCUAGCCAUCCAACUAGAUAUCAGUAACUUUUUAGAAAACAAAUUUUACUAGUUUUUAUUGUGUUACUCUUAAUUUGCACAUGUUCUAAUGUUAAAUUGUGUUUUUUGUUCUAAGGCAGAAGUAUAUUUGCUACCCAGACAAACUGCUUUAAACAUUUCUUUGAGGUGUCUAAGACUUUUGCACAGUACAGUAUAUGAAAUUUAUUUUAUUUUGUUUUACAUGUUCAAUGUGUUAUCCACCAAAGAUUAUUUGUGGGUCAGUCACAUAUAACAAAUAAAAUGGCACUUAAAAUAAUCAGCAGGAAAUAUCAGCUCCUUCUUCUCCAGGAUGCUUUUCAAAUGUUCUAGUGGUAAAAAUCAGCACUUAAUAUAUAAGACAGAGUGGUGUAAUCUACCUCAUGAAGGGAAUAAGGGGGGGGGGGGCUACCAAGCUCACAGCCUGUUCCAGCUGCGAUGGUAGUUGGGGUGGGGGGUCACACAGCAUGUUAACAUGCGACCCCCCCCUCCACUUUCCAGUAAGUGCAUGGCUUUUGCUGUCCAUUCGUUAUCCAAAUUGGCUUCUGCUGCUUGUUCAACUCAGGGGAGAAUCCCAGGGGCUGGCGAACAGUACGUUAAGAUGUACACUUUGGCGGGAAUGGCCCGGGAAUUUGUGCCUCUGAGUCAUGAAUAAAGUGCUGAAUGAUA